AAAUCUAUAAGACGCGGUCCCUCUCACCAAGUGCGGAGAGUUCCAAGGAAAGAGGCCAUGGCCAGGAGGUGCUGCGGUCUGUCGACGCCUGUAAACAGCUAGCUAGACCGCGCGCUAUGGCCUUGAGAGCGGUCGUGUGUGCACAGACGGGCAUGAUUUUGUGAGGGGUGUUAUACCAGCGAGCAUAAUAAAGAGGGUCACUGACUGGAAGGAGAUUAGGAGAAGGACUGCAUUGCAGCUCUGGUGAAGUGCGAGCAAGAUCUUGGAGAGGUUGUGGCAUGUGGGACUGAGGGCUGUAAACAAGGUCAUUCCAACUUUCUUGAGGAGGCCUCCCUCCCUGGCAGUGAGAAAUGUUAAAGGACGGUAGCAAGGAGAAAUGUUAAGGCGGAGAUGGGUAAGAAGGGAAAUUGGUUCACUGCGCUCAAGAAGGCCUUCACCUCAAGCCCCAAGGAGAAGCCAACAAAUGUGCAUCAGCUGGUAGCGCAGUACCCGUCUACUCACGCGCACGGCUGGGAGAAGAAGCGAUGGGGAGGCUUCGGGCGGUCGCGGCCGCACGCGGAGCCGGCGUCCCCGGCGGCGGGCGCGCUGAUCAACAUCCCGCUGUACCGCGAGCCGAGCAGCAUCGAGAAGAUCCUCGGCGACGCGGAGAUGGACCAGCAGCGCCAGUACUACGCCGCCACCAGGGCGCAGUACCAGAUCACGCCCGCGAGGCCCACCACCGCCGUCGCCGGUAGUGCUGCUUCUGCUGCUGCCGUGCCGCUGCCGCAGCCGGUGGUGGGAGUGGGAACAGCACGUGAGCGCGAGCGCAGGAGAGAAGACAAGCCGGCCGCCGUGGUGCUCCCGCUGCCGCCGCCGUCCCCUCCCCCGCUGAUCAGGAGGUUCGACCAUGACAGGGAGCAGCAGAAGAAGCUGCAGCUGCAGCCGCAGAGCUGCAGGGCCGAGACGGAGUGGCGGCGGCAGCAGCAGCAGCCGAGGCGGCACCGCGCGGCGAGGCAGAGCGCCGCGCCGCCGGACCGCGCGCGCGCCGCGGCCGUGGCGAUCCAGGCCGCAUUCCGGGGCUACAUGGCGCGGCGGAACUACCGGUCGCUGCGCGGGCUGAUCCGGCUGCAGGGCGUGAUGCGGGGCGCCAGCGUGCGGCGGCAGACGGCGCAGGCGAUGCGGUGCAUGCAGACGCUGGUCCGCGUGCAGGCGCAAGUGCGCGCCAGCCGCGUGGAGGCCAUGGAGCGGCGCAACCGGCAGCACCACGGCGCCAUGCUCAGGGACGGCGGCAGGUGGCGCGCCAGCUCUCAGGACGGCGGAUUUUGGGACGCCAGCCGGCUGACGCGGGAGGAGGCAGACGCGCGGACGAAGCGGAAGGUGGAGGCCGUGAUCAAACGCGAGAGAGCCCUCGCCUACGCCUACUCCCAUCAGCUGCUGAAGGCGACACCGAUGGCGGCCCACGCGAUCCUGGCGGACCUGCAGUCGGGGCGGAGCCCCUGGUGGUGGACGCCCAUCGAGCGCCGCCACGAGCCGGGGGCCUACCGCCCUGCGGAUCCCGCCAUUAGAAAGCCCCUGCCGGCGCUCGCCAUCGCCCACCGCGACAUGACGACGACGCCUGUGGCGAUGACGGCGGCGACGACACCGGCCCGGUCGGUGGUCUCGGCCUACUCUAAGACAAGGGCCACGAGGCCUGUGAUCAGGGUGGGAGCCCCGCCGCCUUCGAACCAUAGCCACGUGGGGAGCAUCCGCGACGACGAGAGCCUGACGAGCUGCCCGGCAUUCGGCGGCGUGCCCAACUACAUGACGCCUACGAUGUCGGCGUCCGCCAAGGCACGGGCACGGGCGCACCUGCAGGAGCAGCAGAAGAACAAGGCGGCCCAGGAGAAGCCCAGGUUCUCGUUCGGGCUGGGCCAGAGCAUCGGGAGCUGGGCCAAGAGCCCGUUCUGGAAGGCCGCUGUGCCGUCGUCGAGGGUGGCCACGCCGGCGGCGUCGAUGGCCGGCGGGCGACACCGAUCGACGCGGUCGAUCAGCGGGCUUAGCACGGACUCCACCGUGUCCAUGCCAGCCAGGCUCGGCACGAGGUCCUUUAAGUAGAUACACAUGUCGGACUCAUCGUUGCUUACAUUGCAUUGCAUUCUUCUUAUAUCUCUUCUCGACGCAUUUGUGCUUGGAAGUGGUACACAUGUGAUUGAUGGUGUGGCUUGUUGUGGGAUACCAUCGUGUUUGCUGAUUUAUUAUUGUGCCUUACUAGCUCCCUGGUUGCUAGCUCCUUUGUUCACAGCCUUCCGUGGGUUUUUGAGAGGGGCCAGAGUUGUAGCAUGUAAAAUCUGUGACUCCAUCGAACAACCGUACAUGCGUUAAGUUCGUGCUUUU